CCGUUCACCACUGCGUCUCAGUACGCAUGCGCAGAAUUCAUUCCAAGCCCGCUGGAGUCGAGUCAGAGGAGGGUAACGCCAGCCAGUUAGCAUAGCUACUAGCUAUGGCUUUUCAUAACAACACCUUUGCUCUUCACUGCUGUCAUCUGAGCGCCAUCCACGAGUUUUUCUGCACAUGAGGACCUAACCGCCGACAAUCAAUCCAGCAGACGUAAUUUGCGACAACGAGUGCUUUUUUUGUCAGUAUGCGAUGGGGACAGACAGCUGUGGAUUUCUACACGCAUCUUUGCAGGCGGCUGCUGCUGAAGCAGAGGAUGCUGCUAGGCUAGCGAGCUAGGCCUUUACAUCCCUCAGGAACCCUUCAAUACCGCACCAGACAGCAACUCGCAUUCAAAAUAGGAACUAUAUUUGCACUUAAACGAGAGUUUGAGCGAUUCUUCAGAUCUCGGACAUCUGGCGAGAUCUGUGCUUUUGUUUGUUGAUAGCUGCUAGCUGGCCGAACCUCGAGCAGCCAAUCCGCUAACGUUAUCUUGUUCGGUUAUCGGCCCGUUUAAUAUUUCCAGACCGGCUUAAAGACAGCAGGUAAACCCGCCUGGGUUUGGUGAACGCGAGAGCUGCUGUCGUGUUGUGUGUUCAUGCUAUAUUUUAGCAGUGUGAAUGUGGGACAAAAUGGAGACCCCGAAGAUUCUGUACGAUUUGGACACGUCUGGGGGCCUAAUGGAGCAAAUUCAACAGCUGCUCGCACCUCCACGCUCCGAGGAUGGAGAGAAGAGACGCAAACCAGAGAGGGAGACCAGAAGAGGGGGCCGAGCCACGAACCAUGACACCUGCGAUAGCUGCCGGGAGGGAGGAGACCUGCUCUGCUGUGAUCACUGUCCCGCUGCUUUUCACCUGCAGUGCUGUAAUCCACCUUUGAGCAGAGAGAUGCUGCCCCCUGGUGACUGGAUGUGUCAUCGCUGCAGUGUGCGCAAAAAGAAGCGUGAGCAGAAGGCAGAGCAGGUGAAUGGGGCAUUGGAGCGGCAGCUGUCCAAGCGGUCCUCCUCCCCUGCAGCGGAGCUGGAGCUGCGUCUGGACGGGCUGCCCUCUGCCGCAUCAGGAGGCCUGAGACUCGCCGUCGCACAGGUCCGUCUUCUCGAGCGGCGCACGAGCAGCCGUCCAGGUACGCCCACUUCAAACGCGUCCACCGACACGCCUACACCGUCAGAACAUAAUGACGUGGAUGAGGACCUGAUGGACGUCGAAGAGGAAGUGCAGGGCUCUGAGUCUGAGAGCGCCACACCUCACCUGAAGAAACCUUUUCAGCUGCUGAUCGCUGCAGCCAUGGAGAGAAACCCCACGCAGUUUCAGCUGCCCAGUGAGCUUACGUGCACCACUUCACUGCCAGGCAGCAGUAAGCGCAGAAGGAAAGAGGAGGCAAUAGGCAAGAAUGUAAAGAGGCCACAACAUGAGCUGGAUCCCAGCGGGCUGGUCCCUCUGCCAGUGAAAGUGUGUUUUACCUGUGGCAAGAGCUGCAGGGUGGCUCCUCUGAUCCAGUGUGAUUAUUGUGCGCUCCUGUUCCACAUGGACUGCCUGGACCCCCCUCUCACUGCCAUGCCCACAGGGAGAUGGAUGUGUCCCAACCAUGCAGAGCACAUGGUGCUAAACCAAAAUAACGUGACCCUCAGCACACGUUGCCAGCUGUUCGAUCAGUUCCAGGACCGAUUGUCCCAACAUGCAGUCAAAGUGGACUUCCUGCGCUGGGUUCACCGCCAACAUCACCCCAACCGCAGAGGUGUUCGCCACAUCAAGAAAAAGACAUUGAAGGUCCCCAAUGCCAUCAAAAGUCACUACCAGAAUCCCCCUUUGCUGGUGGAUCAAGUGGGUCUUCGCAAUGGACUGCUAGUCACAAACGGUUUUGCGGAACAAGAAUGUUCUUCUCAACAUUUACCCAGUGAAGGGGAGCAAGAGGAGUGGCUUCAUCAUGUCAUUGCACUUCAGUGCAGUAUUAUGAAACAUUUAUCUGCUAAGCAGAUGUCAUCCUCCCUCCGGGACUCGGAGCAGACUGACAUGUCAGACGUGAAGAUGCAGGAGUCUACAGAGAUGCAGGACCUCAGCUCUCAGAAUUCUGAUUGCUUCCAGCCUAGAGGUACACAAGUUGGCCCCCAGGGGGCCCCUGUGCUGCCCUGUGCUGCAGCUGAACAGUCUGAAAGCAGCAGAGAAAGAUCUUGUCAGGGUGAUGCUGACAGUCCAGCUGAGAAGGGCAUGGGAGUGAAUGGGCCAGUAGUAUGUGUCAGGCCCAACAGCCCCUCUAGACUACAAACUCCAGCACUCUCAGAGCCAGCCCUGCUCAAUCAUGUAGAUGUAAAGAUUGAGAGCAGCAGUCCCCUCAGCUCCUGUAUGCAGAGAGAUACUCCUUCAUCUAUCAGCCUUGCUUUGGACUCGCCUGCCCAUCAUCACAGCUCGGCUGUAGGGAACUCUUCAGUUCUGAACAGCAGCUUGUCAUCUCAAACUAAAGAGAACAAAGUAAGCGCAGAAGUAAUGCCUGCUGGGAAAGGCUCGGUGCUCCCGUCCUCUAUAGGCAGUUUAUACAGCUACAUUAAGAAUGUGGUUCAAGGCGAUGCAGAAGUGGACAUGAAUGAGCUGGAUGAGGAGUUUAUCAGACUCCUGGCUUGGCAGAGGAUCCAACAGCUUCUGUCUCCCAAAUCACUUCAACCCUCAAACAAAUGUGGGAUUCCUCCAGCCGUCACUGCCUCUCUCUCAAAACCUUCCCCCCUCGCAGACGGUAACAAAACUCACCCAUCACAUCACAUUGAGGCUGUGCUGUUGCCCCUCCAGUCACAAUAUAGCAAGCCUUUGCUUUUUGCAGCACAAAAAAGGGACGUACAAGCUCGAGCAGUACUGUGUCCUUUAACAGGAAAAGGGGCAGCUAUCAACAUGUGCUAUAGGACUCUGUACAUAGGAACAGGUGCUGAAAUGGAUGUGUGCCUUACAAACUACGGUCAUUGCAAUUACGUUUCUGGGAAACAUGCCUGCAUCUUUUAUGAUGAAAACACGAAGCAUUAUGAGCUUCUGAACUACAGUGAGCAUGGGACGACUGUAGAUAACGUGCUUUACUCAUGUGACUUCUCCGACAAACCAAACAUCACUUCACCCAGCGGGCUUGCAUCCAAAGUACAAAACAGCAUCAGAGGUAACAAGUCAAGGAUACCGCUUGUUGAGAUGUGUGCGGAGACGGUGCUGAUGCCCGCAGGUGGUGUGAUGAGCAGCCAGGCACAAGGAGGACCCAAAUCACCCUGCAACUGUAAAGCCAGCAGCUCCAGCCUUAUUGGGGGCAGCGGAGCCGGCUGGGAGGGCACUGCAUUGCUCCACCACAGCAGCUGCAUCAAAGUGGGCUGCAUGCAGUUCCUGUUCAGCAUCACAGAGUUUGCUAACCAACCCAAAAAAGAGCAGAUGUCCACCAGCAUUAGCCAAGAAGAGACUGAAGCGGUUGACAUACAGACUCCCAAACUCCACCAAAUGCCAGUGCUACAGUCCAAGUCUGUAUCAUAACCCCUCCUCUCCUUUGAAAGUACAGUGAAUGCAGUUUGGAAUUGAGGAACUUUGAUAAAAUGGUUAAUUCAUUCAUUUGUAUGGAGGUAUUUUGGGGGCUCGGUUUUAUGGACCGUGUUUGCACAUUACAUUUCUAUCAUGUUUUUUUAUGCAAAACCUUUUGACUGAGAAGCAGCCGUUCGAUUUUUCCCUAAACCUCACUUGUCGACACCACACCCUGUAUACUUUGUCAGUGCAAGGAUUUUUAUGUACUCCUUUGAACAGUAUAUUUACUCCAAAAUAUUUUAUUUUGUUAUAAAAAUGGAUUGUUCUUUUUCUGCAGUUUUUUGCACAAUAGGUAACUACAUGCAGAAAUGCGUACAUGUGCAAAUACCUUUGUAGGAUUUAUUAGCAGAAUCAUUGAGCGUUCUGGUUUCUUCUGGAACUGUCCAUUUCUUUGUAGUGUUAGAGCCUCUACAGCCUUAGUUGUGAAGUUCAUUUGUGUAUAAAGCUAGUUGUUCAACUAAAAUUGUCCCUUUUGGUCAUGUACAUGUGACUGAAGUGUCAUUUUGUCAGAAGAAGAAAAAAAAAGUCUGACAUGUAUGUCAUUUACAUUGUAAAUAUAUAAAGAUUUUUAAAUAACA